AUGGGGGAUUACCACGGAAUUGCCAGGGCGUUUGUAGAACACUUCUAUAGAACGUUCGACAAUUAUGAAGCCAGGAGCUCUUUGGCUUCCCUCUACCGUCCUGAGUCAAAGCUGAGAUGGGAAGGCCAAGAAUUCCAAGGUGCCCAGGAUAUCAUAGCACAAUUGAUCAAACCCGAAAUGAAGACCGUGAAGACUAAGAUCAACACAACUGACCCCUCUCCCUCUGUUGACAACGGUGUUCUAGUGGUUGUGACUGGAAACUUGGUUAUCGAUAACGCGUUUGAUAAACCGUUUGCUUUCACAUCGACAUUUCUGUUGUCACCUAUCCCUGGGCAGCCCGGUGGUUAUUUCAUCUACAAUCAGACCAUCGUGUUGAUGGGCCUAAAGAUGUAG